GAGAGACAGCUCUCCAUAUAUAGGGUACUAAAGAGAUGCAUCCUUCCUACAUUAACAGCAAUGGCAAUGGCAUCACCACUUUCUCUACUAUGCAGUCCAUCUUGGAGAAUUCUAGCUACAAUAAUGAAAAUUUUCUUGCGGUUGAUGAUGGUGGUCGCUUCACCAGUCAUGUGACUCUUGAAAAAAAGUGUCUAACUGGCAAGAGAUCUUCCAAGAAAGACCGUCACAGCAAGAUUGACACUGCUAGAGGCCCCAGGGAUCGACGGAUGAGAUUGUCCGUUGAUGUUGCUAAGAGGUUCUUUAAGUUGCAAGACAUGCUAGGGUUUGAUAAGCCUAGCAAUACUAUCGAGUGGCUGCUCAUGAAGUCAAAACAUGCUAUUCAAGAUCUCCGCCCCCAACAGUUGGACCAGAGCUGCAGCCUCAUGGGUGUAUCAAAGAGUCUAUCUUCUGCUUCAGAAUGUGAAGUAAUUCUGUCUGGAAUUGAUGACCAAUUCAUGGAGAAAAGUAGAAAGGAUCAGGUAAUUACAAGAAACAUUGAAAAAAUUAAUUCUUGCAGUGGUAACAAAGAGAAGAAAAUUAGUCUUGAAAAAGGAGUUAGGAAUAUUGUGUAUAUUGAUCACUCUCUAGCUAAGGAAACAAGAGAAAAAGCAAGGGCAAGGGCUAGGAAGAGAACAACUCAAAAGAGAAACUUCAAACUUGGUUAUGAUCAUGGUGCAAGCAUAGAUCAAUACUCGAAACUUAGUCCAAGUGUGGAUCUGGUAAUGGAUCAAAGUACAAACCGAUUACAGCCUUGGAUCCCCUUUGGAGAAGACCAAGUUCCAUUAACCGAUCAAAUUGAAAACUUGAACUCUCAUUUGCAGUUUAAGCAACCAAUUCUUGGCGAUGAUUCAUCCGCGAUGUCAAGCGAUUGGAGCCCAUCCUUCAUGUUCAACUAUGAGCAUAAUUUGGGACCUUGUCAUGAGCCUCCGUUCAGUGAUUUGCAAAUUCUUGGUAAUCCGUGGGAAGACAUCAACAAUUAGGUCAGUUUGCUUAA